AUGGCAACAAUAAAUUUUAAUUUUACAACUAAAGAUGCUUGGGUUGGAUUAAUCACAUUGGUAUACAUAGAUAUUCUGAACACAACUGCGGCAAUGUUUUCAUUGGCAAACCUUGCUGGAUUAACAGACGAGGAAGGAAACUUUGAAGGUUCCAACAAAGCAUAUAUAGUUGAUUCAGUUUGCGUCUCAGUUAGCGGAUUAUUUGGAACCUCACCUACAAUCCAGUUUAUCCAAUCUUGUGCUGGUAUCACAGAAGGAGGAAAAACAGGAAUCACUGCUUUAGUGUCUAUUAUUGAUUAUUAUUGGAUUGAUGAUGGCAAAGAGUCUUCAACGUAUCAACUGGGAUUACAUUGGUGA